AGGCACAAUGGUGGGCAGGUGAACGGGCAGUAUUCCGUGGAAGAGCAAACUCAUUUAUUGCCAGGAUGCAUCUAGUCCAGGGAGACAGACGCUUCACCCCAUGGAAGGGAUCGGUAGUAGACUCUGUAGUUGGAGUCUUCCUUACACAGAAUGUGUCUGAUCACCUUUCUAGUUUGUGUUCAUUGCUGCAGUUCUGCCUUCAUCUCAAUGGCUGCUAGAUUCCCCCUCAAAUCGAAGAGCAAUCACUAUCAUACACAACCAUGUGAACAACAGACAACUGAGGGACAAGUAAUAAUAGAUCCAGAUGAUACAAUUAAAUGGCACAAAAAGGUUUCAAGUCAACUUGCUUGCCUCCAGGAUUCCGUCACUCUAUGUGACAAGGAGUGCAAUGAAGAAGUAACCAUUACCAGGGAUUCCUCUGGAGAUACAUCUGAAGGCACCACCAAAGCAACAAAAAUUUUAAGAUCCAUCUCUUCAGAUUCUUCAGAAUGUAGUCCAAAACUGUAUAAUGAACCAGACAUUAGCAGCUUAAAAUCUCAGGAUGAUCAAAGACUGGCAAGCUUUAAUGGAGAUAGCAGAGAACUUGAUGUAAUUUCUUCUCAGAAUUCUGUAAUUUCCUCUCACAGCUCUGUGGAGACUAUAAACAAGGCUGAGUCAUACUCACAAAGUUCCUCCGAAGCUGAACCAGCUGAUGGUACUUGUGGCUCUUUUGUAAAACUGUUACAGAUGGCAGGAACAACAAUGUUGCAUGGAGUUUAUAAUGAAGGAAGCAGAAAGAGGUCAUCAAGUCUCGGCAUGCCAACCAAAUCAGAAGGCGUGAAUUCAGGAUUUGGAGAGCUCAGGAACUUUGAUCUGUCAGAAGAUAACAGAUUCUGUGAUGCCUACAAAGAAAAUGAGCUUUUUGUAACCGAACAAAUUGGGUCAGCAGAAUCUUCAGCAGGAGUUCCAUGUCAGAAUACAAUUGCUAUUAGUUUCGAAGAAUUACAGAAGUUUUCAAUUGAAAAUUCUGACUCCAACUCUCCUAACAACCAUCAAAGGCCAAUUGAAGAUCAAGAGACUGAACUUGUGUCAGAAGUUCAAAAGCAAGAGAAUAACUGCAGAGUUGGGCAAGUUUCAAAUCCUCUAAGUUCUUCAGAAUGUAUUUUGGAUGUCUCAGGAAAAACCCAAAUAACUAGAAAUCAGAAGGCUGUUCAUUUGAAUCUGAAUGACUGCAAUACAAUUGUGGAGAAAAUUGAUGAGGUGAGCCCUAGUAUAUCCAAUGCCAAAAGGGGAAGAAAUGGAAAAGAGAAAAAGGAUGCCAUUGAUUGGGAUAGUUUAAGAAUACAGGCACUCUCUAAUGGUGAAAAGAGAGAGAGGACAGCCAAUACAAUGGACUCAGUGGACUGGGAAGCGGUGAGAUGUGCAGAAGUUGAGGACAUCGCUGAGACCAUCAAAGAAAGGGGAAUGAACAAUAUGUUAGCUCGGAGAAUCCAAGACUUCCUAAACAGGCUUGUCACAGAUCAUGGAAGCAUUGAUCUGGAAUGGCUGCGGGAUGUCCCACCAGAUAGGGUCAAAGACUACCUAUUAAGUGUAAAGGGUUUGGGUCUAAAAAGUGUAGAAUGUGUGAGGCUUUUGACACUUCACCAUCUUGCUUUCCCAGUGGAUACAAAUGUUGGACGUAUUGCUGUAAGACUGGGCUGGGUACCACUUCAGCCACUUCCUGAGUCACUUCAGUUGCACCUUCUAGAACUGUACCCUGUGCUGGAGUCAAUCCAAAAGUUUUUAUGGCCAAGGCUCUGCAAGCUUGAUCAACGAACCUUGUAUGAGCUGCAUUAUCAAAUGAUAACAUUUGGAAAGGUUUUUUGCACAAAAAGCAAACCAAAUUGCAAUUCGUGCCCCAUGCGAGGAGAAUGCAGGCAUUUUGCAAGUGCCUUUGCAAGUGCUAGGCUUGCCCUCCCAGCACCAGAGGAUAAAAGCAUCAUUACUGCAGCACAAUACAGAGAUCCCAAUACAAAUCCAGAAGAAAACAUAAAUCACCUGCAACUGCCUCUACCUCAAACUAGUCAACAAUUGGAAUCUGGUUCUCAAGUUGGAACCUGCGGUCCUAUCAUUGAAGAGCCUGCAACACCAGAGCCUAUCAUCAUUGAAGAGCCUGCAACACCAGAGCCUAUCAUCGAACAGCCAGCAAGCCCACAGCUAGAACAUACACAAAUACCAGAGCUUGACAUUGAGGACGCAUUCCAUGAAGAUGAAGAUGCUGAUGAGAUUCCUACCAUUAAACUCAAUAUUGAGGAGUUGAAUCAGAAUCUGUUGAACUACAUUCAAAAGAAUGUUGUUUUAACUUCAGAGAGUGAAAUGUCAAAGGCAUUAGUGGUUUUAACUCCAGAAGCUGCUUCAAUCCCCACGACUAAACUUAAGAACAUAAGCCGAUUAAGGACAGAGCAUUACGUCUACGAGCUUCCUGAUGCGCAUCCACUGCUGAAAGGGUUUGACCAACGAGAACCAGAUGAUCCAUCAUCAUACCUUCUCGCCAUAUGGACACCAGGUGAAACUAUAGACUCUAUUCAGCCACCAGAAAGAUCAUGCAGCUUCCAAGAAUCUGGCAAACUAUGUGAUCGGGAAACAUGCUUUUCGUGCAACAGCAUACGUGAAGCAAACUCCCAAACUGUUCGAGGCACACUACUGAUACCAUGUCGAACAGCUAUGAGGGGUAGCUUUCCGCUUAAUGGCACAUACUUCCAAGUUAAUGAGGUGUUUGCGGACCACGAAUCUAGCCUUAACCCAAUUGAUGUGCCAAGAAAUUGGUUGUGGAAUUUGCGUAGACGAACAGUUUACUUUGGAACAUCCAUACCUACCAUAUUUAAAGGACUGUCACAGGAGGAAAUUCAAUACUGCUUCUGGAGAGGGUUCGUGUGCUUAAGGGGAUUUGACAGGAAGACACGAGCGCCUCGACCACUUGUUGCUAGACUACACUUCCCAGCCAGCAAGUUGACUAAGAAAAGAGGAAGGACAGAUGAAAGUUAAGGCAUUGAUCCCUCACCAUUGCUGCAUUCUAUAAUAUUUGGUGACAUGGCACCAAACUAGAGGGCUUGGAUUUUGACAGAAGUAAACAAUAGUCAGCAAGUUUUGUAUAAAGGCAAUCACAAGGGAUUCGGCAUGUUUUAGCAUAAUGUGAUCGUUAAACUUUUGUUGUAUAGAGUCAAUUAACUUAAUGGAAAAGAGGCCGGUCAGCGAAAUUAGGUCAUGUUUCUUUAAAUUACUACCUCGUUUCUUUAUAA